AUGUCUCGAGCAUACGGCCCCUCCAACCCACUCCUCACGCCCAUCCCCACCGACCGAACGCCAAACGACGCUGCGGAGACGCAUCCCCGCGAACGGAAACACCACGUCGCUGUCGUCGCCGUCCAUCUCGCAGACCCCCAGAUCAAGGAUAGAAGCUUCCAAACUUCGAACCGGGCACGAUUAUCAGGACCCCCAGGCAUGGGUAACAUGCCCAAUUUCCCCACCCAGCCCCCUUCGCUCCCGGCGAACAGAAUAGUUCCGCUCCCAAGCUUGGCCGCCGGCAUGCCCAUUUUAGUCCACCCCCUGCUUCAGUAUCAUUCCAACAUCCUCUCCAUCGUCUACGACCUCAGCCUCCAUCCAUCCACCGCCGAAUGCCCAGCAUCCAGGACCCGCCUCGAGUACAGGUCGUGGCGAGGCCAGCCGGCGAUGCACCCCAGCACUGUGACUUCGCUCACGGUCAGAAUGCCCGGCAUCGAGAGCCCUGUCGUGGUCUUUCCGUCGCGAAGAGACAGCAUGGUCGUCACCAUCGAUGACGUGCUGGGGGCUGUGAGCAGCGCCGUUCGCAGGGCAGUCCUAGACCAACUCACCAGUCAAGCAACGGGCGAUAGCUUUGGGCUAGGGCGAAGGGGAUACAUCCAGUCCCCGCAACCAUUCUACACGGAUGCCCAGCUCACCUCCGAUGUACGACGCAGGUUGUCGCGUGCUCGUUGGUGGGGAGGACUGUACGCCAGCCCAACCGAGCGGGAUGUGUGGAUCCUGCAUACGUCUGAGUACCGCCCUCACUGA